UCCGCGGCAGACGCUCGGGCCAGAUCUGCGAAUCCCUUCUCCGUCGCGCGAACCUCGUGACCUGGUGACCCACGGCACCGCUUCCCAGCUUCUUCUGUUCUUCUCGUCGCGAACGACGCCAGAUAUCUCACAGGUAGUGCAAGUGCACCUUCUCCGAGUGUAGUGUUGCCUGCUGGUGUAUACGGGGUGUUCCCAUCAUGACGGGACGAUUGAUUUUCGUUGGAUUUGUGCUGUGCUUGGUUUUGGUCGAGGCACAGAUAAGGUCAUCAUUUUCAUGUGAAGGAAGAGUUUCUGGUUACUAUGCCGAUGUUGGUACAGGUUGUCAGGUGUACCACAUGUGCGAUGGCCUAGGCCGGAGGUUCAGCUUCACCUGCCCCAACGCUACACUCUUCCAACAGAGAAUGCUGAUCUGCGAUCACUGGUUCAUGGUGAACUGCAGCAGAUCGGAGAGCCAAUACAACACCAACCUCCUCAUAGGCCAGAAGGAAACGCCUUUCGUAGGAGAGAGUGGUCUGAGCUCAUUUCAGAGGACUCCCAGACCAGACUACACUGCCAUCGACCUCGACAAGACUGAGAAUGUGUUCCAGAGACCCCCUGAAGACUCCAACGCCAUCCCAGCCAACUCCGAGGAGCAGAACAGGGUGCCGAGCAGUUGGUCCACGGAGUACAGCGUGCAAGAUGCCAAAACGCAAUUUUCCAGACGUCAAGAUCAACAGCUUGUGAAUAGACUCGGCAACAACCAGCAGGUUAACUACCAAUCGAACUUCAAGGCGACAACUCCAGUUUAUCCGAAAGUUGUAGACGAAGCCUUGAAACUGAACGAUCUGGCUCUGGUUCCGCCCAAAAACCAGCCUCCCGGAGUAAGGAUAGAAGACAUUAACAACCUGCAGAGCACAGAAUACGCGCAAGAAGAAGACACUUCAGUACCUGUCAAUUUCGAGUCUAAGUUCAAGGCUACGACUCCAGUGUAUCCAACGUUCGUCGAUGAGUCCCUAAAGUUGAGCAACCUGGAACUGUCACCGCCCAUCCUGCAGUCACAGAGCGACAACGUCGUCAUAGAAGAUAAAACUGGGGGAUCUCCGGUUGUAGUGAAUUUCGAAUCUAAGUUCAAGGCUACAACACCCGUCUAUCCUACCUUCGUCGACGAGACCCUUAAGCUGAAUAACUUGGAGCUGUCACCGCCUGCUCUGCAAGCGCAGAGCGACAAUGCUGUUGUGAAUAACAGAACAGGGGAAUCCCCGGUUGUGGUGAAUUUUGAGUCGAAGUUUAAGGCUACGACUCCAGUGUAUCCUCCGUUCGUAGACGAAUCCCUUAAGUUGGACAACUUGGAGCUGUCGGCACCUUCGUCAGUGGUGGGAGAAGAAGAAAUUGCUAAGGUUAAUUUCGUGUCGAAUUUCAAGGCUACCACCCCUGUGUACCCACUGUCAGUUGAGGCUACUUCACCUAUACCGGACGGAGUAGGUCUGCUGCCUCCUUUGGAAGAUUUACGGAACCAAUACAAGGAGUUGGAACAAGCCACGACCAGAAGAUCCGUCAAUUUCGAGUCAAACUUCGCUGCAACCAUCCCAAACUACCCUACGUCCGUUGAAUCUACCUCCCCCUUGCCAGACGAAGUAGGUCUUUUGCCUCCCGGUAAGAACAACUUGUCUGGUAGGUACCUUAGCUUCCAACCACCCAACGAAGCAAACUACCAAGACCAAAACCAAGAAGAAGAACCCAAUCAACCUUCGACCUACUACGAGCCACCACUCUUCGAAACAGGCUACGUAGACCCGAACGGAGCUUUAGCCAGCUACAAAACCAACUCUGAUCACGUGUUGGCGCCUAAAAUCGACGAUUGGAAUGCGUUGCGACGGCGUCUUGCCGUCCCGGAUUUUGAUUUUCCCCUAGAUUCUGAGGUUAAGAGGGCUUCGUACGAGAGCGAUCGUAGUUCGUUUCAACCGAGGCCGUCGGGUUCGCAGGUGAGGUGAUUCGAUUCUGUGGUUCGUCACGGUUGUAUUGAAUGUCGUAUAGAAUGAUUCUGAGGGUGGGUUCAGGAAUGUGUUAUGUGCCAAACUUAAGACUUCGGGAAAUGACGACAUUUUUCCGUUUGGAGCUGAUUCUGGAUGGAUCAGAGCGUGAUUGAUGGAUCUGUAAAUGUUUUUAAUUUAUUAUACGAGUUUUUCUUGAGUGAUGGUGUCUAGAUUUUCAUUGAAAUGUUGACAAUGAUUUCUCAUUGGAUUUCUAAACAAGUAACAAUAUUAAUGUAUUUGAAUUAAAUUCCUGUAAUAUUUCACAUUAUUCCUAGUGAUCUGUAAAUAUUUUUUUUGAAUGUCCGUUGAGAGCAGGAGAAUUGAACUAUACCAAGAUU